AUCAAUUUUGCGUUUUAGUGUUUGUCUUUUAACGAUACAAAAGAAGCGUAGAUAUUUUUGACUUUCUUUAAAAUGAUAUGAUGACUAUCUCGAACUUUAAUAAUGUGAAUUUUGAUACAAUAUUGAGUUUAAAACUUAAAAUUUCUUAAGUGGUUCUUCAGCUCUAAGACGGUAGUUAUUUGUUAAGUUAUUUUUUUAAAAAUCUUUACUAUGAAUGUUUCCGAAGAAAGUACACGUAAACGUGUUACGGUUCUCGUGCUGGGUGAUUUUGGCCGCAGUCCUCGCAUGCAGUAUCACACUUUGUCGCUCUCAAAAAGAAAGCUGUGGGUGGAUGUAGUAGCUUAUAAAGGAGCUGAUCCUUUAGAAUCAAUUGUAAGCAGUGAAAACAUUACCCUACAUUACAUGCGUGAUGUUCCGAAAGUUAUUGUCAAUCUUCCUGGAGUGGUGAGAUAUGUUUUAAAGACCCUUUGGCAAAGUUGGUUCUUAUUUUAUACUCUUAUGCAGAUUCCAAAAAUGGACUGUCUAUUAAUUCAGAAUCCUCCUUCUAUUCCUACCUUACCUAUUGCUUGGUGCAUUUGCAGACUGAGAAGAAGUUGCAUGGUGAUAGAUUUUCACAAUUAUGGUUAUACCAUUCUAGGGCUUUCUGCUGGUUCUCGUAGCCUGCUUGUUAAAUUUUCAAAAUGGUGUGAAAAGUUCUUCAGCAGAAAGGCAGACUUAUGUUUUUGUGUGACAAAAGCUAUGAAGAGUGAUUUGUUGCAGAAUUGGAAUGUUAAGGCUUUCACCUUUUAUGACUGUGCUCCAGACAUAUUCCGUCCCAUUUCCAUAGAAGAAAAACAUUCAUUUUUCAUAAAACUCAAAGAAAGCAUUCCAGAAUUUCAAUCAAGGUCUUCAGGGAAUUCAGAAGAAACAAGGUUCACUAAAAUGUUUGAAGGGUUUGUAGAAAUGUUGUAUGAUCGACCAGCCCUCAUUGUCAGUAGUACCAGUUGGACUGAGGAUGAAGAUUUUUCAGUACUUCUGGAAGCCCUAAAUGAUUAUGAGCAAGCUGCUAAACUUCAGAAUUUGCCUCAUCUGGUUGUUGCCAUUACUGGCAAAGGACCACUAAAAGAACACUAUGAAAAAGUAAUUAAAGACAAAGGAUUUUCCCAUGUAGAGGUAUUGACUUUGUGGUUACCAGCUGCGGAUUAUCCGUUGUUUCUUGGGUGUGCUGACUUAGGAGUAAGUCUACAUACUUCCUCUAGUGGUCUGGACUUGCCAAUGAAGGUAGUUGAUAUGUUUGGAUGCUGUCUUCCGGUGUGUGCUAUUUCAUUUCCAUGUUUAUCAGAGCUUGUAAAAGACGACAUUAAUGGCAAAGUGUUCAUCAACAGCAUUCAACUCAGCCAGCAAUUGCAGGCUCUGUUUAAGGGGUUUCCAGAAACAGCGACUCAGUUGUCAAGACUUAAAAAGAAUUUGAUUCAGUUUAGACAUCUGCAUUGGGAAGAAAAUUGGAACAACAUCAUUUAUCCAAUGCUAAAGGAAGUCUUGGAUCGCAGAUAAAAGUGUGUCUAGCCUCAAGGCGAAGGAAAUAUGUUUAGUGUAUUACUUAAAAAUGGGGGCCAUCUUAAUGUGAUAAUGGAAGAAAGAUAUAAAUAUCCUAUGAUUCUGAACAUUACCCAAAAAGUCUUUCUUCUAAAACUAUGCUCUUGAAUUUUACAUGGUUAAACAACACAGUUAAUUUAAACAGUGAAAUACAGAGUUGACACUGGAUUUUAUGAACUGUUUGAAACAAAAAAUGCAUAACAUUGAGAGUUUUUAUAAUGGAAUAGUAUUGUUUUCAACAUUGUUGUCAACACAGAUUUUUUGAGACUGGCAAGCUGUUUACGGAUUAACCUGAGUGUUAGUGUAUUAAAUGUUUGUAAAAUGGAGUGUCAACUGUAUAUCAAUUUAAUUUAGUGCUACAUCUCUGGUUCAUCUGUUGUACCAGAGUAAAACGUCCCUUUUUACAACCAUGCCAACCAACUGAAAAUAUUAGUGGGGUAUUCUAAAGGCUUUAGAGUUAAUAAAACUGAGAACUCCAUGGCCUGUAAAAGUUUUAAUCCUGCAUUUUACUGGUUUUAUAUAAGAUUUUUCUCAUCCUUCAUUUAGAAUCUAUACCAGAAUCCUUAUGGGUGAGAGUAAAUUAAAUAAUAAAUUAAGCUAAAUGCCAGAAAAACCGUAUACACUCGCGUAUAAUUUGAUCUUGCAUAUUAUAAAUCAACCACCCUACUUUUAAGAGAAAAAUCGGGAAAAAAUCGAAAACCUGAAUAUAAGUUGAGGUGAUCUUUGAGUGUAAAAACUAUUAAAAUAAAGAAAGAAAAUGAAAUGUAACGCACAUUCUUAUGUUAAAAAAUGUAAGAUUUUUAUCCUUUCGGUCAAAAAGGGUUCAUUUUUGUGAACAAUUUUUGUGAAGGGUUCAAUUUCGCUGAUACCAUUUUUGUUACUUGUUGCUUUGAUUUUGAAUUAAUACCAAUAAAG